AUUUAAUAAUGAAUGACUUAUAUGGAAGAAGUGCAAGCAUUAUGGAAUCCCAAUAGAAAUUGGAAUUGUUCAUCAGUUGUCGUGGAUUGGCAAAUAUGGACACCUUUUCAAAAAGCGAUCCCUACGUGAUAAUGUAUGUGAAAAGAAAUAACCAAUGGUCAGAAGUGGGAAGAACAGAAAUCAUUUAAGACAACUUGAAUCCAAACUUUGCCAAAACCUUUAUAAUUGAAUACUACUUCGAAUGCUAAUAGCCACUUAAAUUUGUAUGCAAUGACGAUGAUGGAAAUGGAAAAUUUGAUGUAGAUACUUAUAUUAGAUAAUUAGUUUAUUGGAAGUGCCGAAACUACACUAGCCAAUAUAGCAGGAGCUCGAGAUCAAUUAUUAAUGUUAAAUUUAAGCAAUGGACACAAGAAAACAGGAGUGCUUGUAGUCAGAGCAGAUUAGGUUAGAAUGAUAAAUGAUAAAAUCAUCAUGUAAAUAAGUAAAAUCUAAUUAUUACAUUCAAUUUAGGUGCUGAUAACAUACCAAACACAAGAUUUUUACCUUGGCAUUCCACGUCACCUUUUUUCAGACUCUAUCGAAUUAGAAAGGAUACUAAUUAAUAACUCUUAGUUUAUGAGAGUGAACCUCUCAAAUCCACUCUAAAACCAUUCUGGAAAAGAGUGGACAUACAAUCUUAGAAAUUAUGCAAUGGAGAUUAUUUUAUGCCUAUCAAAAUUGAAGUUUGGGAUUACAGAAGUUCUGGAAAUCAUGAGCAUGUUUGUUCUACUGAAUUUUCAGUAGAUGAAUUAUAAGGAAAGCAUAUGUUUAAAAAAAUGUUAUCUGAUAAAAAUAAAAAGCUAUCCGGUUCCAUUUGUUUCAAUGAGGUAAUCAUGAUCACACUAAAUUCUAGUUUAAAUUGAUUGAAAAACCUAGUUUCUUAGAUUAUUUGUAGAGUGGAACAUAAAUCAAUUUAAUUGCUGCCAUUGAUUUCACAGCCUCCAAUCAAUCUCCCAAAAAUCCCAGUUCACUUCAUUAUAUUGAUGAUCAAUAUCAUAGAAUGAACUAGUAUCAAUAAGCACUAUUAUCUGUGGGAGAGAUCCUAUUGAACUAUGAUCACGACAAAAAAGUACCCAUCUUUGGCUUUGGCUGUAAACCAAGACUCCACAAUUUGAACACUCCUUAAACUCUGCAUUGCUUCCCUUUAAAUGGAAAUCCUCAAGAUCCAGAAGUAUUGCAGAUGGAUGGAAUUAUGCAAGCCUAUAACUAUGCUGUGAGGAAUGUCCAAUUUGAUGGUCCCACCUAUUUCAAUCCGAUCAUCUAAGAAUCCAUGAGAAUAGCAUAGACUUGUAAAGACAUGGGCACUAAUACAUACUUUGUAUUGUUUAUUUUAACUGAUGGAGAAAUCCAUGAUAUGAAGGUACAUACCAAUAUCUAAAUCUACUUUAUAGCAAACUAUUGAUUCCAUCGUAGCAUCCUCUCAUCUUCCAUUAUCCAUUAUAAUUGUUGGAGUUGGAGAUGCAGACUUCACCAAUAUGUCAAUCUUGGACGAUGAUGAUGGCAAUCUACACGAUUCCUUUGGAAGAAGAACCUAAAGAGAUUUGGUCUAAUUUGUACCAUUCAAUUAAUUUAAAAAUAAUCCAGAACUCUUAGCCAAAAAUGUCUUACAAGAAUUGCCAGAUCAAUUGGUUGAUUACAUGCUCCUGGUUGGUAGAAAGCCUGGACCCAAAAAUUGUAAUAUUUAUCACCUAUUCUAUUUAGUAAUUAAUCUAGGCUAAUUUGAUAUCAAUCAAUAUUCAUAGUAGUACGGUUUAUAAUAGUAGAUUAUGCAACCCAAUUAAUAGCCAUAAUAGUAAUAAUCAGUACCUUAAAUCCCUUAAUAAUCAUCAUUUACCAACAUACCACCUCCACAGUAAUAUUAAUAACCACCUCCUCCAUCGCAAUAUUAAUAACCACCUCCUCCACAGCAAUUUUAACAACCACCUCCACCAUAUACUUAACCUUAAUAAAUAUACCCACCAUAAUAACCACCUUAUCCAUCAUAAUAAUUAAGUUAGUAUCCUAACCAAUAAUAAUCAUCCUAUCCAUAAUAACAAUAAAUUUACCCUCCUCCUAAUUAUUAAUAGUAAUAAUAAGGAUACCCCCCCCAAUAAGCUGGAUUCUAAUCUAAAUUUAUCUAAGGACUUGCCAACACUAAUUUCUUAGGUCAACAUAUUAACGAUGCUUAAUAGUAGUAACUCAAUCAACAGAUGCCCUAAUUUUAAUAUCCCCCUUAAGAACCAGAGAACCCUAUAGGAAUGCAACCCUAACCAAAUUAAUAUCAAUAAGCAAAGUAACCUCCUCCCUAUGUACCCGAUAACCCUUACGGAUUAUGA